AUGGAGUCUGCGGAGGACGUUGUUGCAACUGCUCUUGACACUGUAAAAUCUGCUGCUUUAACUCCCACUGAGCACUUGCUGUUGAAACGAUUCUUGGAUAAGGCCCAAGACUCGAGCUGUGCAGCUAUAUACCUCCUGCGAAAGGUGGAAGAGAACCCAAGCCGCAGCGUUGAAGCAAACCUACGUGAAUUCAAGAAAGACUGGAGGCGAUUGGUCACUAAAUGUAAAGCUCCGGUGGAUAAUACUAUUCAGAUUAGAAGCUAA